AUGUGGCGUGCAACCACUCGCUGCCUGGCAGCCACACCUGCGCAGAGCUGGGCACUCCUCGGGCCUGGUAUAGGCCGACGGAAAACUCAGAGCGGCCCUGAGCAGGACAGGGUUCCUUCUCGACAUCGUAUCUCCAAGCGUAGCGGAGCCAUUAGGCCUCGGCCUACACAAAUGCCCUUUGGCCUUCUCAGGGUAUUUUUUGUUGUGUUUACUUUUUCCUGUUUUGGGACUUUAAUAAGCCAGCACAUUGCCUCCCUACUUAAGUACUUCAACGUUUUUGACCCAGAGGAUGAUGAUGAUGAUGAUUGGUAA